GCGAAAUUUCUUCGGAUAGGACUUGGCGUUUCCAAAUACCUUGCAAUAGAAUUCUCAGUUGUUUGAGAUGUUAAAUAAUAAAAUUAAGCAUUGCUAAGGAUGUGUGAUGAAAGUCUUAUCCUUCUUCUCUAGUCCAAGGGCUUUUUUUAAGUCACUUUCUCGAGUGUCAUUUUCAUUUCUCUUGAUUGUACUAUUCGAGGCCAUCAUCAUUAUAUCCUUUGAAUCCUACGUUUUCGGUCACUUUUAUGAUUUUCCUGAUUUAAAAUCCAUAUAUUCUAACUCGCUCUCUGUAAGCUUGACAUUGCUACUGCUUUCCACGGUAUUUUUGGUAUACAUGACAUUAGAAGCCCUAAAGACAAAAAAUACUGUUCAGGUUGCGGCUUUAUGUUGUUUCCAUAUUGACCUUUUUUUACUUUCGAUUAUUCAAAUUAGCCAGAUAUACCACAUCUACAGAUUUGCACUGAGUAAAAAUCAUGGUGGAAAGGCAGAUCCCAUGAAGUUCUACAUGAGUGCGUUUGUUAACCAUUACACAAAACUCCAUCACCUUUUAAAACUCCCUUCCGAAGUAAAACCCUUUUUUGGCUCUCUUCCUGCUAUUAUCUCCGCGUGCGGUAUUGUUUUAAGCUAUCUUGCCUAUAAGAUAAAUCGAGAAAAUGGUUGGAUUAUAUACCAAAAGAUCGGACCGGACUCUCGUAUGCGGCGAUGCUAUUUGAUGCAUCGGAUUUUCAUAACGUUGAUUAAAUUUGACUUUUAUUAUUUGAUAGGAACGUCUAUUCAAUAUGCCAUGGUAAUUUCAGAGAUUAAUACUUGCGAGCUUAUUUUGACCAUCCUUGUUAUUCCUCUUACAAUUAUCGUCUUAAUUGUGGCUUUAUAUGGCGUUACCCAUGAAUCACGAGCUCUUAUGUAUUUCUGUGAAUUUAUGUUCUUAUUGAACAUUGCAUAUAUUCUCUUCAAAAUAAUUCGAAUGUAUUUACCUGCUCAAAUACAAAGGUACACAAUUUCUAGUCGAGAAAUUGUCACUACGUUUUCUGUGUUAAGUUUAAUCUUGUUGUUUUCAACCAUUAUUGCUGGUUUCUCUUGUUGUAAUAACUUUUAUAAGGGACUAAGAAACUAUUUGAUAUAUCUGCAGAACAAGAGAAAGCAAGAGGCGAGUUCCGCAUAUUCCCCUAAUUCUCGAAUGACGCUUGAUGAUUAACCCGUAAUAGGUAAUUUAUUUUUUUAUUUUUUAUUUCUUUCGACAUUGCCAUACUUCUUCUUUUAAAAACUCAUUUAUUAGCAUUCGUUAUUGUUUCUUUUUGUGAUUUCUAUUUAUUCGUUGCUCUUAUUCCAUUCGUUUUAUUCAUAUAUGUUUCCGCCUUUGCAAGGCGCUUUUAUUUUGAUUUACUUUUUUAUUUUAUUUUACUUUGCUUAUUUCAUAAUUUAUUCUAUAUUAUAAUUAUUUUUU